UCCCGAUCCAACUGCCAUGGAAAUUAGAGGGGGUUUUCGGUUCAAAGUCCAUUUCUUAACUUCUUUAUCCUGCUUCGAUAUCACUAUGCUUUGCUUAGGUCUUGCCGCAGAUCCAUGCUGAUCAUGAAACAUGCAAUUUCAAUGACAUGAGGCAGUCGGAUUCUUGUCAAGCUCUCAUAAAUUUGUUAAGACUUCAGGUAGCGGCUGGCAUGGCUUGGGUCUCAUCUUGUGUGCCCAUGUGACGUUAAUGUAGAGCUAGCUCUCGAUGAACUACUCAUCUCGACAGUCAGACAGUGAUUAGCAUGGCAGUCGUUCACGCAUCGAGCUUGCCACCAUGGAUACUAUUCUCCUUAGUGCUGUUAACUACACAUGCACUUACUGUAAAUAAUUCCAUUCGCCUCUAUGGAGGUUAUUCGGACAAAGACGGUGUGGUUCAUGUCAACGUGUUAGGCGUAUGGAAAGCCAUCUGUAACGACGAAUGGGACGCACUCGAUGCCAUGGUCACGUGUAGGCAACUUGGAUUUACUGAAGGAUAUUCAAUGUUCUCGGGAGAAAAGAAAACUCAUUCACAUUACCAUUACUACCAGACUGAGCCACCGUCACCCACAUUUCCAGUUGGAGGAAACAAUUUUGCUUGCAAUGGAAAUGAGAAAACACUUUUAUCCUGCAACCAUUCGGCAAAUAUUUAUUGCAGAAAAUUAGCUACAGCUGCCUGUGAUAUUACAGAUGUCACUUACGGCGAAGUUCUGUCAAAUGUGAAUCCAUUCGGGGAUAGUGAUGUAUUCCAUUAUACUAUUAACACUUCUGAUGGCAAGUCCCAUGGCCUGGUAUUAGUAACAUCCAGCUACAGUUAUGAUCACAAAUUUCCGACAGGUGGUAUGUGUGACAUGGACCAACUAGCGGCAAUGAGGAUAUGUGAACGCCAUGGAUAUUCUAAUGGGGGAGAGAGAAUCAAAGUAGAUUCCCCAGAAGGCCUUCCAAUGCUCUUCAGCAAGGUAUCAUGUAACAAUCGUCACGACUGGAGAUUAGACAAUUGUGAUACAGAGCUAACACAAACCGGUGUCUGUCCGCAAGGCAUCAAAUACAAUGGAGUGAAAUGUUGUGCAAGUAACCAUUCUAUUCGGUUGAGUGAUGGGGGAUCCCUAAGCAAAGGAUACGUUCAAGUCAAUGUCUCGGGUGUAUGGAAAGACAUUUGUAGCGACGGAUGGGACGCGCUCGAUGCUAUGGUCACGUGUAGACAACUUGGUUUCACUGAAGAUUAUGCUUUACUUUUUAAAUCAUCUGAAUUCCAUUACUUUACACCCGUCCCAUACGACAGAACAGUUUAUGGCGGAACGAAUUUCGCUUGCAACGGAAACGAGGAAACUCUGUUAUCCUGCAAGUAUACAAAAUACAGCUCUUUUUGCACACGACCAGCUGGUGUAGCCUGUGGUGUCACAAAAAUCAAAUAUGAUGAGAUCCUGGCCAAAGUAUAUAGUCACAACCAUCUUGAGUUUUCCUUUCCUUCAGACGGUAAAUCAGAAUACAGAGUAUUAUCUGAAUCAAGAAGGAGUUCUGGCAAUAUAAUACUGACUGGUGGCGUAUGUGACAUGGACGACCAUGCAGCAAUGACGGUAUGCCGCAAUCAGGGCUUCAUCAACGGGGGAAAGAGAACAAAGUUGACAACAAUAGAAGGACUACCAAUGAUGAUAAGCAAAAUAACGUGUCGUGUCAGUGACAAAGUAAGAUAUAUCUCUUACUGCGACCACGAGUUUACAUCAACCGGGGUUUGUCCACAGGGAAUUAAACACAACGGGGUGCAUUGCUAUACCACACCUGCGCCAUCCGUCAUUGGGGCCUUGAUUUUCCCUGUUCUUGCAUCGCUACUUAUCGUAAUUGCUGCUGUGUGGGGGAUACGUUGGAUCCAGAAAGAUCGAAAACCUGCUAGUGAUUCUGUAGAUGUAUUCGUGAAUGAGUAUGACGACGAUGAUCUGGCCAGGACGACACCCUAACUCCAUCUGUCACUACACACACGCACACACCACCACACACACUUUCAUCAUAUCUUUGUUAUACAGUGCGCCCCCCC